AUGCGCGUCCUGGGCUUGCCGAAGAAGCUCUUUGGGGACAGCUCGCCGGCCGUGCCUGGCCCACGCUCGACGUCGCCCGCGUCGCCGCUGCGCCUCGUCAUGCCCGCCAUCCCACCUGUCGCGGCCGCCACGUUUCCGUCGCCCGACCAACGCGCGCAGCUGCAGACCAUGGGCAAGCAGUCGUGCACGUCGCUGAAGCGCCUCGCCUUCUCGAUGGCCACGGUGCGCGAGUCGUGGGAGCGUCUCGAGACAGACAACAACAUGGAGAUGUUCUACCUCAAGGACACGGACGACCACGAUGGCACCAUGCACGUGUGUGGCAUUGCCCGUGUCCAUGCGCCAAUGACCGACUUUGCUGCCGCCAUGCAGCUGCCUCUAUCCAAGGCGUAUGGCGCAUCGACUUGCAGCGGGCCGCCGUCGCUCGCAGACGACGACCUCUUGGCCUGCGAGUCGCUCGUGUCCGUCGACGACAAGUCGUCGAUCCAGUGGCUCGCCAUGAAGAGCACGGAGGGCAUGCUCCACCGCGACUUUGUCGUGCUCCAGCGCUCGGAUACGUUUACAGACGGCGACGGCGUCCGCGGCCACAUCGUCUCGAUGCACUCGAUGGACUUUCCCGGUGCGCCGCCGCAGUUUGACCACGUCGGCGUCAUGACGCCCCCGAAAGCGUACCGCUUUGUGCGUGGCGGCAUGUACCGGUCGGGCUUUGUCAUCCUCGAAGAUGCGCGCCGCAAGGGCGUCCUCGAUGUCUUUGCCCUCUUCAAGGUCGACUUUAAAGGCGACAAGCAGCUCAAGCACGUGCGGGCGACGCUCGUCCAGUGGUUUCGCUUUCUCGGGGACCUCAACCAGUACUACCUGAGCGCCAAGCUGCACGCGAAAGGCGCGCCGCGGAUUCGCCAGCCACCCGCGAGCAGCGCCAAGUCGAAAGCGCGCCGCUGCGAGUCGUGCGCCCAGCCGUUCAAGUUCCAGCUCCAGUUCCGUGCACCGGUGCGCGACCAGUGCCUCAUGUGCGGUGCCAUCAUCUGCGGCGCGUGCAAAAUUGACUUUCGAGCCAAAGAGAACGACGUCGUCCAGGUGUUUUGCAUUCCGUGCCUCGACAAGUGGAAUCCGGACUCGACGACAAGUAUCAAGUUGAUUCAGCCGACGAACCUUCCGGGCCAGACGUCCAGUCCCGUGCUCGCUUCGAUCACGCCCGAGCCCGCGGCCGACACGAACAAAGCACCGCACAACCUGCUCGGUCUUGGUGCCGAGCCCGUGCUUCGGUCCGAAAUGGAGAAUCCGCCGCCCGUGCCCCGUCGGCGUAGCGUCGGCCAAGACAACAAGGACAACAAGGACGACUGGCCUGCGGUUCGGUACGAGCGCAGCUGCUCGGUACCCGACCCGGUGCACAAACCAACGAGCAUCGCUGCGAUGGAGACGGUGCACCUCGACUCGCUCGACUACCGCGUGUCGCUCUACGGCCGAUUCUCGAUUUCCACGGCGUCCCAAGCCGACCUCGAGGCGCGUCUCGAGUGGAUCACUGCGAGCUGCCAUGCGAUGGACUCGACGGUGACGCAGUUGACGCGGGACGGGAAGCUGCGACGCGCGAUGCAAGUCAUGCAGGAGAAGAAGACCCUCCGCGACGAAGCCAUCCAAGUGCAAGCAGCGCUGGACGCGAUGCACGAGACGUCGGGCGACUCGCUUGAAGCGCAAAUCAGCCGUCUCCAAGCCGCACUGAGCGAAGUGGUGCUCGAUGGCGCGUCGUCCGACCUCCGCGCCAAGCGCGAACGACUCUUGCGUCGCGCCAGCCUCAAGGCGGAACUCAAAGCUGCUCAAGACGCCUUGCAGAAAAAGACGGUUGCCAACCGCCGCGAACAGAACGGGUCGCUGCUCUUCAACCCCGAGAUUUUCGUCCUCGACGGUCAAUUGGAUGUGCUGCGCGGCGAACUGCAUCAUUGCGUCAUGCUAAUCUCGGCAGCCCAAAAGCGGGGCGAUGCCGAGGCCGUGACGAUGCUGACGUCCCAGCGACUCGAGAUCAAGGAAAGCAUGGCGACGAUCCAAGACCAGCUUGUGCAGCUCGGCGCGCCGUCUGUGGGCAACCGUAGUUCGAUCGCUGGCCGGCGGUCGACGAUCGUCCUUGUCGACGACAAAUCCAAGUCGAGCCACGACCAAGAGCCCACGCCGCCCCCUGAAGUACCCCGGCGUCCCGACAUCGUCGUCCUCGAUGAUGCGAUGAUGCUCGAAGAUGACAAAGCCCAGGAUGAGGCUGAAUACAUCCAAGGCGAGGACGAAGACGCCCAAGACAAAGUCAAAGAUGCUCAAGACAAUGACAACAACGAUGACGCGUCACACGCGUGUGACAUCGAAACAACGGCGAGCCGAUCAUCGUGUCCGAUUCCAUCGACAACGCAGCGCCGGCAUCGCCACAAGGAGUGCACCAGCCGUGUGUGGAGCUCUACGAUGACGAUGACGACGAUGACGACGACACGUCCCCACACGUCUUCCAAGAGGACGAACUCGACAACGGUAUCAUGGACCUGCAGGAAGCAGAGACGACAAGCGACGAGAGUCAGGACAAAGCCAGUGCGAGUCGCCUCUCGGUCGGCCCAAGCGACACGAGCGACGACGACGACGACGAGGACCCGCAGCUGCUCUCGGACCGCUGCAUUCGGUUGUAUACACUCACCAACCGCCAGCUCAACUUGGCCGACGGCUCGUUCGACUUUGAGGGCGUCCAAACCUUUGCUCUGUAGUCGACCAAAAUGUGCGUAGUUGUCGUAUUGUUAAUACAAGUGUUUUGUACC